GUGACGCGACCGCGGUGGCUUCUGGGAUAGCAGGUGGCUGAGGUCAGAGAAACUCCAAAAUGUCGGUCGCUGGUCUCUCGUCCUUGAGCCGCUGUGGUGUUAUGGCGUUCCGCUCCCCUGCAGGAUUGGUGGCGGUCCGCUUCGCCCAAACAGCCGCGGCUCCAGCAGCUCAACCCCGAGUGAAGAAGUUCCAGAUAUACAGAUGGGACCCGGACACUCCAGGAGACAAACCCCGCAUGCAGACCUACGACAUCGACCUGAACGCCUGUGGCCCAAUGGUUCUUGAUGCCCUGAUCAAGAUAAAAAAUGAGAUGGACCCCACUCUGACCUUCCGCCGCUCUUGCAGAGAAGGUAUUUGUGGAUCCUGUGCAAUGAACAUUAAUGGAGGAAACACGCUUGCAUGCCUUGACAAGAUUGACACCAACGUUAGCAAGCCAACUAAGAUUUACCCUCUACCACACAUGUAUGUGGUCAAGGACCUGGUGCCUGACAUGAGUAACUUCUAUGCUCAGUAUAAGUCUAUUGAGCCCUACCUGAAGAAGAAGGAUGACUCUAAGGAAGGGAAGGAGCAGUACCUGCAGACUGUGGAGGACAGACAGAAACUGGACGGUCUGUACGAGUGCAUCCUGUGUGCCUGCUGCAGUACGAGCUGUCCAAGCUACUGGUGGAACGGAGACAAAUACCUCGGGCCAGCUGUGCUGAUGCAGGCAUAUCGUUGGAUGAUCGACUCACGAGACGAAUUCACAGAGGAACGCCUGUCCAAGCUGCAGGAUCCUUUCUCCCUUUACCGCUGCCACACCAUCAUGAACUGCACCAAGACCUGUCCCAAGGGCCUGAACCCAGGGAAAGCGAUAGCUGAGAUCAAGAAGAUGAUGGCCACGUACAAGGAGAAUAAGGCUGCUGCUGUGGUCUGAAACCUCAGUCGUCCUUUUGUACAACACUUCCCUCCAUGAUGAUAUUAUAAAUUGAUAUGUAAAAAUGCUUUUUGAGGUCUGAAGGACGGUGCACCGGUCACCACACACUACAGUCAACUGUAAUUAAAAUGUGUGUGUGGUUCAAGGACUUGGUGUCCACAUAAACGCACAUGUACAAUAUGAAUGCAUGAGAGAGCGAGUGUGUGUGUAUGUCUGUGUCUUACAUGUACCAUAAAGAGAGAUUUAUCUUGAAUGCCGCUGUGUCUAUUCGUGCGAUCAGAAAACGCAAUGCUGCAUAUUCAAGUUAAAAAGAGUUUUCUUGUUUGUAAACAUUUAAGCACUUCCGAUCUUCCAGCAUACAAACA